AUGACGAAAUUGAGGAAUUAUAUCAACUUCUUCAGUUUGAAAUUAAUUGAUCAAAUACAGAAUCAAGUUACCUGCUUUGUUCUCAUUUUUGCUGGUUUGGAAAAUUUUCUUCUUGCAGUAAUGGCCUAUGACCGGUAUGCAGCCAUUUGCCAUCCACUAAGAUACACGGUCAUCAUGAACCCCCACCUCUGUGCACUGCUGAUUAUUAUCUCCUUGUUUUUUAGCAUUAUAAAUGCCCUUCUCCACAGUCUGAUGGUGUUACAUCUGUCCUUCUGCAUAGACCUAGAAAUCCCCCAGUUUUUCUGUGAACUUGUUCAGAUCCUGAAACUAGCCUGUUCUAAUACACUCAUCAAUAAUAUUCUGCUAUAUUUUAUGACUAGCAUUUUGGGUGGUGGACCUUUCCUUGGUAUUAUUUUCUCUUACAUGAAAAUUGUCUCUUCCCUCCUGAAAAUGUCAUCAGCAGGUGGAAUGUAUAAAGCUUUCUCUACUUGUGGUUCUCACCUCUCUGUUGUGUCCUUGUUCUAUGGGACGUGCUUUGCGUUGUAUCUUAGCUCGGCAGUGACCCUCUCCUCUAGGAAGAGUGCAGUUGCAUCAGUGAUGUACACUGUGGUCACUCCCAUGCUGAACCCAUUCAUCUAUAGUCUGAGGAAUAAGGACAUGAUGGGCACUCUGAGGAAAUUCAUCUCUAAGAUAUCUUCAUCCCAUUAA